AUGCUGUAUCCAUAUCCACCCGAGCUCCCUUCCCGCAACCUCUGCAGCUCGCCUUCUCCUGGUUUUCUCUCACCCAAAAGCCAUAACAGGACCCGGGCCUCCCGUCCGCCAAUAAUUUUCCACUUCAUGACAGCACCCGUCACGAGUUCCCUGCAUAUGUCACUCACCCCCUACGGUUUACCCCGGGGCAGGAGGAGACAGGCGGGAAACCCCUCCGAUGCAGGUCGCAUAUGUCAAUGUCAUGCCUUCUCUGGCUGCCAACACAGCCCAGUCUCUGCAUGUGUAACAAGUUCCCGGUCAUGCCACGGCUCUCGCUGCCCAACAUCGUCUUGUCAGCGCCGUAGCACCUCAAAAACACGAGUCGGGCUAGGUAUGUAA